GGCGGGGCGGCCACGUGGGCUGCAUAUAAGGGCAGUCGCUGGGCGCUGAGAGGCAGAGGUUUUGUCCGGGAGCCAGAGCCCAGGCGCAGCCGCAGCCCGAGCCCGAGCCGCGCCGCCCGGCCGCUCUGCUGGCCCCGCCGCUCUGCCCCGUGCCCCCAGCCACAGUCGGCUCGUCUCGCGGCCCCGCGCCCGCCCCCGCGGUCCCUCUGCUCAAUGAAACUGGCCGCGAUGAUCAAGAAGAUGUGCCAGAGCGACUCGGAGCUGAGUAUCCCGGCCAAGAACUGCUACCGCAUGGUGGUCCUCGGCUCGUCCAAGGUGGGCAAGACGGCCAUCGUGUCGCGCUUCCUCACGGGCCGCUUCGAGGACGCCUACACGCCCACCAUCGAGGACUUCCACCGCAAGUUCUACUGCAUCCGCGGCGAGAUCUACCAGCUCGACAUCCUCGACACGUCCGGCAACCACCCCUUCCCCGCCAUGCGGCGCCUCUCCAUCCUCACUGGAGACGUGUUCAUCCUGGUGUUCAGCCUGGACAACCGCGACUCCUUCGAGGAGGUGCAGAGGCUCAAGCGGCAGAUCCUCGACACCAAGUCUUGCCUCAAGAACAAAACCAAGGAGAACGUGGACGUGCCCCUUGUCAUCUGUGGCAACAAGGAGGACCGGGACUUCUACCGCGAGGUGGAGCAGCGCGAGAUAGAGCAGCUGGUGGGCGCCGACCCCCAGCGCUGCGCCUACUUCGAGAUCUCGGCCAAGAGGAACAGCCGCCUGGACCAGAUGUUCCACGCGCUCUUCGCCAUGGCCAGCCUGCCGCGCGAGAUGAGCCCGGACCUGCACCGCCAGGUAUCGGCGCAGCACUGCGAGGCGCUGCACAAGACGGCGCUGCGGGGCAAGAGGCUGCGGCGAGCGGGCGGCGACCGGGACGACGCCUUCGGCAUCUUGGCGCCCUGGGCGCGCAGGCCGAGCGUGCACAGCGAUCUCAUGUACAUCCGCGAGAAGGCCAGCGGCGGCGGCCAGACCAAGGACAAGGAACGCUGCGUUAUCAGUUAGGAACUCCCGCCCCGCGCGGGCGCAGAACCUCAGGAGGCCCUCUUGUCCAAGAGUCAAGUGUCCGGGCCGUGCGUCCCGAGCCCCGUGCGCGCGCGCGCGCGCGGACGGGCGUCUUCCUCCCCAGCGCUCCAGCCUGUUCACUGGGGAGACUCAAAGGAACCGAGAAGGGACCAUCAUCUGCUCCGGAAGGAAAGAGAGCUAGCUGAGCCCGGGCUCCCCCAACGUCCGAUCCCCCAUUGGUGCCCGCUAGCCCCACUCGCCCAGCAGAGGGUGAAUUUGCCUUGUUUCUCACAAAGACCUAAGAAUGGGGGUGGGAAUGGGAGUUAAUCAGCCACCACUGGGCUUUCAGAAAUGGGUCCUGCCGGCUGGAGGGCCAGGACAAACGGGGCAUUAUCUGUGAUUGGGGGUUGCCAUGACAGCUGGCCUGAAACCGAGGGCGGGGUCCGAUCGUAGGGAGUGACUUGUUUACAUGUGUGUGCAACUGCACAAAGCAAAACAUAAAACUUGCACUUUAUAGUUCUGGUGUCACCGUUCGACAUGAACAAAAUCCUACCUAGCUGUUUGUACUGUGUGUGUCUUUGAAAUUAGUCUUGU